AUGGCUGGAGGUUCUGUCAACAUCCGUCGCGACAUCAGCGACCCCUUCUACCGUUACAAGAUGGAGCGUCUUCAGUCCAAGAUUGAAGGCAAGGGUAACGGUAUCAAGACCGUCGUCGUCAACCUGAGCAACGUUGCUCAGCAGCUUGCCCGCCCUCCUACUUACGUCAUCAAGUACUUCGGUUUCGAACUCGGUGCCCAGACCACCAACGACCCCAAGGAUGACAGAUGGAUUAUCAACGGAGCCCACGAGGCUUCCAAGCUGCAGGACUACCUCGACGGCUUCAUCAACAAGUUCGUCCUCUGCAGAAGCUGCAAGAACCCCGAGACUGUUAUUAGCAUCAAGGACCAGCGUAUUCUCAUGGACUGCAAGGCUUGCGACAAGUCCACCAAGAAGGCUGAGCGCAGAGCUAGAAAGGAGGCCGAGCGCAACGGCACUGCUGUCAACGAGGAUGGCAACGGCAGCCCCAACGGCAGCUCCGAUCAGGACGAAGACGAUGGCGAUUUCGCUAUGGAAGCUGGGAGCGACGACGAGCUCACCCGCCGCAUCAACGCUGAGGCUCAGGAGCUUGAUGAGCCUGAGGAGGAGAAGGAGGUCGAGUGGACUGUCGACAUGUCUGAGGCAGCCAUCAAGGCUCGUGCCAGAGAUCUGCCUGACGACCUCAAGCGUGCUCUUGUUAUUGAGGGUGCUGAGGACGAGGAAGGUGAGGGUAACCCCUACGACCAGUUUGGCAAGUGGAUCCUUUCUGAGGGAGAGGCCAAGGGUGGUGUCUCCAAGCUUGACGAUGUUGAAGUCUACCUCAAGGCCAAGGAGCUCGGUAUCGAGACCAAGCACAAGACUGUCGCAGUUCUUGCUCAGACCAUCUUUGACGAGAACAUUGUCAAGCAGGUCGAGGCCCGCAGCAGCAUGCUCAAGCGUAUGAUCUCCUCCGAGAAGCACGAGAAGGCCUUCCUCGGCGGUUUCGAGCGCUUUGUUGGUAUGGAGAAGCCCGACCUCAUCCCUCAAGUCUCUGCUAUCCUGCUUCAAUACUAUCAGAAUGACCUCGUCUCUGAGGAAACCCUCAAGGCUUGGGGCUCCAAGGCUAGCAAGAAAUACGUUGACCUGCCCACCAGCAAGAAGGUCCGCAAGAGCGCCGAGAAGUUCAUCGAGUGGCUCGAGACCGCCGAGAGUGACGAGGAUGAUGAGGAGGAGUCUUCUGACGAGGAGUAA